AUGUGCGGUUGCGUAGGAGGUAAUCUUCCACACAGCAAAAAGUCUGCCAACAUCUAUGCGAUGAAGGUGGCUUUGGAUAUCAUAUACAAUUACUUCUUUCGCUCUCAAAGGGAAUCUCAGACCGUCAUCAUCAGAAACAGCUCGCCGUGGCUGACGCGACUAAUGACUGGAAGUUUCGAGCGUUAUACUCAUGGCUACCACCUGCCUUGGCUGCAAAGCCGCCCACUUCGGUACAUAGUGGAACUGCAAAUUUUGCUGGAUUUCAUGAAAAUCAUGACGAAUAGCACAGAAAGUCCCAUCAAAUUCAGGUUUUGGUGCGUUGAACCUGAAGCCAACAGAGAAGCCAUGGAUCUUGCCCAGCGUGUCUAUAUCGGUUCUAGGAAUGCUCCUUGA